ACCACAAAAUUUCAUCCCAAAGAUUUUAUCUCCAAUGACCUAAUAAGUAGGGCCACAUAAUUUGCAUCUCAACAACGAAAUAAAUAGUUUAUAAUAAGUGUUCCUACUAACGGGAUUAGAAGUAAUAGCAAGCUCACCUUUUAAGUUAUAAGUUCAUGAUUUCUAGGUUUAGUGAUUCUGCCAUCAUAAAUUCCUUAUAUAUAUAAUUUAUUUAUUUAUUUAUUAUCAUUCUCUUCUAAUUUUUAUUUCACAUGGGAUUCUAAUCGAGCCGCUUCAGAAACUUGGCAACCGCUGUUCUCUGUGUCAGAAGGAUUCUAGUAGGAGUUCAAUUUCAGGGAGACUCAGAAUUUUUUCAAAGAGAUGUUGUUAUGUUGUUAACUGCCAGUACCACUAUGAGUGCACCUACUUUGCCAAUAGUGAGAGCAGACGCUGAAUGCCUGAAGCAAUUCAAGCCAAUAGUAUCUUUUGGCCUCCAGCCGCUUGGCAUGCAGUCUCAAUUUAUUAACUAUGGAAGACACUUGAUAUGUCCUGUUCAAGGAAAGCGCGCUUCAAUAAUAUGUGUUGCUGCUCUGAGUGCCAGAUGUGCAACUAAAGGCCAGAUGCAGACUCUUACAAAGGAAAAUUCAACCAUUACAGUUGCACCAGGUAAUUUUUUUAAUGUUCUUUGCGAAACCUGCCUACAUACUAACCUCCCCAGAUCUCACUAGUGAUAUUUCACUGGGUCGUUAUUGUUG